AUGACAUACGUGGGCCGGGUCGGAAACCACUUCAAGGAGAAGCAGGACCCGCUGGCUUCCAUGCUCUUGGACGCAAUGUCAUUACGCGCUUCCAUUGAGGGCCAUGGCGAUGACGAGGACAAGGGAGAUGGUCGGCAGGGAGAGGACGAUACAGAAGCGACAACGAUCCGCCCCGAAGGGCGGUACCAGGAUGCCAGGCCGCCUCGUAUCAUUGUCGACGGUGGCACCGGCGGCAUGACUGCCGACCCCAGAAUGGACGACAAACCAUUCCGCGACCCGAUCACACCCGCAUCGCCCGAGAAUUCGCAGGUGACUGCGUCUGGCCUGAACGCCGACAUGAACUUCAAGCUUGGGCAGCCGUUCAAGCCGUUUGAGCAGCUCAUGGGCGUUUUGCCCGAUCCGAGUAAAAAGAUCGUCCCGACGCGCCGGUUACUCGACGCCAUGGCCACCAAAAACGACUUUUUCGCCGACGACGAAAAGGCGCGCAACGGCUUCGGCGUGGCCUUCAACCUGGAUUUCCUUUACGGCCUAACGGACGGUGCGUUCCUAAAUAAGUCGGCACUGGCCGGCUUCCCCAGUUUUGCCACGCUGCUUUACUUGGCGAUACUGGGUUUCCACAGCGUUGACGUUUUCCAGCAGGAAAGCCGCAACGAGAGCAUGGUAGUCACACUGUCGGGCACGGAGGCGAAAGCAGCCGUGACCUCGGCCAAAAUGAAGCUUGGACAGCGCUGCCAUGUCGGCUACCCAUUCCUGCAAGAGGCAAUGGUUGUUCGGGUCUCGGAUGAGCUCUUUGACUACGUUCUCGACGCCAAAUGGGAGUACCUCGGGCGCAGUGCCACAAAAAGAGAAAAUUCAUCCAGGAAGGGGGAACCAAGGCGGCCAUUAUGAGCCCGAAAAAGGGUUCUGGACGGCGACGUAGCUGCCGAGCUGUUCUCAGGGGCUGUGGAGCAGGAUACCUAUCCUCGGAAAGGCGAUAAACACCCAGUCUUUGUUAGCAUCAGUGGAGAGGUCUGGCUGGGGAUCUGGUCUAUCAUUCCGAACCGGGAACGCCGCUUUCGAUACAUGUUGUUCCGUAUAGUAUUAAAUAGCCCUGAUGAUAGUUGCCGCGAAUGAAGUAACUACAAGGCAGA